AUGUUGAAAGCCCCGGAUCUAUUUACUGUGAUUGCUUAUGGCUCCACAGAAGCUAGGUUGCCGGCUACCUACUUGCUGUUUCACUAUUGGCCUGAACUCUGUCCAACUGCGUUUCAGAUUUUUGAAACUUUGAAACCAAAACAUUAUACUUGGGAACCCUGGAAACCAGUCGCCUGCGAACGCACUGACUGUCCUAAUAAAGCGGGUAAAGCUUUCGCAAUGAAGAUGACGAUGGAUGCCCAAAUUGCCGUUAAACACGGCAACAAACCGCCGCCUCUGUAUGUUUGUCUCGACUGCGCGGAUGCAUUGAACAGGCGUGACGUCGACCAAUUGGUUGACAUACUACUGCCCAGUCGACAGAUGAGUAUGGUUUGUGAGUCGAAGACGUGCCGCAGCAAGAACAACACGGCCAUCUUGACUUGUUACUCGGUGGAAUGUGCCUUCCUAAAUGGAAAUCGGCCAAUACGCUUUUGCGAAACGUGCCACCUCAUUCGCCACAGUUCGCAGGCCUAUGAGACAGGCACGCCUGGGAAGGAUUCCUCAUUCACCGAACACAUUUAUCAGACCCAAAUUCCGGACAUCUGGGUAAGCGGCCUUGAUCUUCAGCCAAUGAUGCUCGAGUCAAUUAUAACCUUGAUUCGGGAAACCAUGCCGCGGUGGCGCCAACUCCUGCUAGGGCUGCCCAGUGAAGCGGGCGGCGGGGGUCGAAUGGCCGGCAUUGAGAGAAGUGUGAGUGGAGGGCCCUCUGCACCCGGCGGUCCCCCUCAGCUCCCCACGGCCACCGGCCCCGCCUCCUCUGCCUCGGACUUCCUCAUGGCCGGCGCGGCCGGUUCGGUGCCCCUCACACCUGGAAUCCUCAGCGCCAGUCAGUCACCGCUGAACCCAACGCUCAGCUCGGAUGGCGCAUCGCUUGGGCGAGAGGGGACUGUCCAAAUCAAACCGGUUUUUCAAUCCUAUGGACGGUUUGCAGUGGGUCCGAACGGAGAGUCGGAGUUGACGCUGGAAGGUCGUUAUGACGACGAGGAUCACAAGAUUCUUGCAGUCUACGGGGCCAUGUUGGUUGGCGAAAAGUGCAGGCCAGGUGAUAAGAUAAAUCUGGCAAGUGUUACGAAUGUCUAA